GUUGUAAAAAUCGUUCACCGUCACAGUGACUAUAAACAAGUCAUAUGUCCCGUGACUAUUUAUUCAUCAGGAAAUAAAAAGAUCUUUAGCAGUAAUUUUACACCCAGUUUGACUGGCAAGAAGAAAUCAUGAAGUUGUUAAUUCUACUGGCUAUUUUGGGAAUUGUGUGUGCAGAUGAAUAUCUGGAUGAUAAUCAUUGUGAAAAAGGACCAACAUUUUGGUGUACCAAUCUCCAUUAUGCCAAGAAAUGUGGAGCUGUUAAACACUGUAUGGAUACUGUAUGGACCAAACAAAUGGCUGUCGGAGUAAAUGCUGAAGCAUCAUGUACUGUUUGUCAGUUAAUGGUCGACAAUGUUAGACAAUUAGUCAAGAAUAAAGCUACUGAUAAUGAAAUGUCUAAUUUGAUUGCCAAAGCCUGUCAUAUCAUGCCAUCUCAUGUAAAAGGGGCUCAAUGUAAAGAUGCAGUCAAGAAUAAUAUAGAUGAUAUUUUAACCUUAAUCAAAAAUGAAAAAAUGACCAGUCAGAUGGUAUGUCAAUUGAUUGGAUUAUGUAUUGGUACUGAACACCCACAACAAAUAUCUAAGGAAUUUGCUGUAGAUGUAGUUAAACAGACACCAGCUGAUGAUAAACUUUGUGAUGAUUGUAAAACUUUCUUUAAUGAUUUACGUGAUAAGAUACUCUCAAACAAAACAGAGGAGGAAUUUGUUGAAACAUUUUAUGAGGUUUGUGCUAAAUUAGGUGGAUUUGAAGGAGUGUGCAAGGUUCUGGUUGAUCAAUUUGCACCAAUUGCAUUCAAGUACUUAGCUAAUGAAUUUGGAGAUGUUUGUCAAGCCUUGUAUUUAUGUUCAAAUCAAGCUCAUGAAAAUAUCUUGGUCCAUCUUCAACAAUAUGUAAAUCAGGCCUCAGUUUCAGGUGAAUAUUGUGAUGUAUGUAAAACUGCUGUAACUGAAGUCCGAGAUUUAGACAGGAACCCUCAAGUCCAGAGUGUAGUUGUGAACUUUUUAAAUGAUGAUGUAUGUUCAUUCCUUGGUCAGUCAGCAGAUCUGUGUAAACAAUAUGUAAAAGCCUAUGCUCCAAUUUUAUUUCAACUGAUAUCUUCUGAAUUGGAUCCAGUAAAAGUAUGUACUGAGAUAGGAUUAUGUCCAGGCAAACAGGCUGUAGAAUUAAAGACACCAGUCAAACAGGCCGUAGUGUUAAAGACACCAGUUGAUGUACAACCUCAAUCACCAAUGUAUCGUAUAUUUGAAUCUAAACCCAUCCAAGAAGUAAAAGAUGUCAGUGCCUCUGUAGAAUGUGUUGUAUGUGAAUUUGUUAUGCGUGAACUGGUGAAAGAAUUGGGAAAUAAUGCAUCUGCGACUGAAAUCAAGGCAUUUUUAGAUAAAAUCUGUGGUGUUUUACCAUCAACUAUCAGUACUGAAUGUGUUCAGUUUGUUGAUCAGUAUGCUCAAGUUAUCAUCUCAUUAUUGGAACAAGAAAUUGAUCCUAAAGUAAUCUGUACCAAAAUUGGAUUAUGUACCCAAACUAAGCAUAAAGAAACACCAAAGAAAGUUGUUGAUGAUAGACAAGUUAUCAUACAUAAAGUCAGUGAUGCACCAUUAUGUGAUGUUUGUCAAGAAGUAGUCACCUAUAUUGACGAAGCCUUGAAAUCUAAUGCCUCAGAACAAGAUAUUGAAAUGAUCUUAGAAAGAGUGUGCAAUGUUUUACCACAAACUUACAGAAAACAGUGUGACACCAUUGUUGAAUCUUAUUCACCCUACAUUCUACAGUUAUUAUCUGAAUUGGUUGAUCCUAAACAAAUCUGUGAGAGAUUGAGUUUAUGUCCAAAACCAAGCCGAAAGAAUAGCCCACUAAGGUUCAAGCCUCAUUUAGUAGGAGAAAGGAAGUGUACAUUUGGUCCAGCAUAUUGGUGUGCUUCAAAAGAUAAUGCUAAGGAAUGUGGAACUACUGCACAUUGUGAGAAGCAUGUCUGGAAUAAUUAAAAGAGUUGUAAGAAGCAAAUCAAGAACAGUGUCCAUAUUAUUCUUUAUAAACUCAACUAACUUUACUUUUAUAAUACUAACAAACUCUGGUGGUGCAGAAUGACAACUUUUUGUAUUUUUGUCAAAGUGGUACACUUCUGGCUUAAAAGAAAUAAAAUGUAUAUAAGUUUUGAAUUCAAUGAUUUUCUUAUUUUUUGUGCCUGGUAGACUCAUCUUUGAAAAUUUAGCUCAGAAUUUUGUGUUAUCUCAAUAUAUUUAUUAUUUAGAAGUUUGUAAAUAGUGUUAGAUUAGCGUUUAUAUAUUUUCUUUCCCUCCACAUUUCAAAUUCUUCUUAACUGGCCUCAGUAUAAAUUGUAUUUUCUAUUUUGGAAAGAAUGGCUUUUAGUAUAAUCAAAUUUAUCAUAUUGUAAAUUACUGAUUUUUUUUGUCACAACUUCUGAUAAUAAACAUUCCACUUUUAUGAUGUAUUGCUUUUUUCAAUUCACGAAUUAAUGUGGUGCUAUUUGUAGUUCUAGUCUGUCAUGAUCUGUAAAUUGAAAUAUUGUUGAAUAAAUUGAAAGUUUGGGUUCACCUUU